UGGCCGAGGAGGUCGUGGCAGCAGGCGUGGUGGCCGAGGAGGUCGUGGCAGCAGCAGCAGCAGCGGCAGCAGCAGUGGUGGCAGUGGCAGGAGUGGUGCGCCAUUCCGUGGUGCCGGAGCGCAGGUUCAGCCCGCAUCAGCGACAGUGAUGCUGCGCUUGCUGGACUCUCUCAACGGCCGGGAAGCCUUGUCCCCGCACAAGGAGUGCGCCCGACUGGAUGAGCUGCGGAUCCUGCUGCUGAGAGCUUCGCAGGAAGAACUGCUGCAGUCUGGGCUGCGCAUGGUGCACGCGCUGCUGAACAUUGUGUCCCCAAGCCACCGAGGACCCGCCACAUCUUCAACAGCUGCACGUGGCCGCGAUGGCAGCGUUCGCAUGGCGGCAGCCAAGUGUCUCGGCGUGCUUGUCGCCAGCACCGCGCCAGAGGCCCCUGCUGCUCGCUUCUUCAACACGCUGCACGCAACCCUGCAGCGGGAGAACCUGGAUGUGCAGGGCGAAGUGCCAUUGCUGUUUGCUCUUGGGUGGACGCUGACGCAGGAUGCGGAUAAUGACCGGUUCUCCCUUCACCCGUUCAUGGACAAUACCCUGCAUGCGCUUCGACACGUGCUGGAUGCCUUGCCCUCGCAUCAGGGCCUCAGCCCCAUCUUGCAAAGUCUACAGCUCAUCAGCCACGGUUACCCGCACACGUUUGCCGUCCACUUUGAGGAUAUUGCCGACAUUGCCGUUGGCUGGCUGGCUGAGCCGAGCCUGCCGAGCAAUGCGGUGGUGCUGCUGCAGCGGUUUCUCGGCGGCCUGCACGUGCUGUGGGCGUCCCAGUUGCCCACCACGCUGCGGUUGCUGGAAGCCCUUCUUCAAGACACGCAGCACACGGCAGCGAGACCGACCAAGACUGCCAGCACCGCGGAUGCCGACCACCACGGUAGCGCAGAUGGCGCUGGUGGGAACGGUGCCAGGAGUGACGAAGCCACGGUGUCGCCACAACACGAUGAGCGGCAGCAGCAAGCUGAGCAGCAGUGGCAGAAUCUGACGUCCCGCCUGCGGUGCAUCGCGUGCAUUGUUGUGUCACUGGGGCAGGAAUCCGUAUCCAACCUUUCAGCGGACAUUAAGCUCACCCUCUUUGACAACUUUGUGCCGCCACUUCUUGCUGCUAUGCGCGUGCGCACAGUCCCAUCAUCGCUGCAGCAGCAGUUCAGCGAUGCCACCGCGCUGCUUGCGUGUGCACUUGAGCAACCAUCAACGCAGCACAUUCAUGAUGCUGUGUCGGCGCUGCUCUUCUCGUUGUCCGUUGAACCGUUGACGACGACCACCAUUCAACACACGUGCACCCGCAUCAUACAGGUGCUGUCGCGCAACGGCACCGCCGUCACCGCCGCCGUUGUCACAGAUCUCAUCGGGCCAUCCGCCAAGCUCCCAACGUUUCGCUUCCACACGAAUUCUCGUGUUGUUGAGGCGACGAUGGGGAUUCACCGCCUCUGCUUCCAGCUGAACGACGAGUGCAAGCAGCGCGCGUACGAGUUUGUCAAGGAGGAUUUGUGCAGCGCACACGCACUGCUGCGUGCAGCCUGUACAACGCAGAACACACACGCACGCGGAUCGCAACAGCAGCAGACAUUGCGCGUGAACCACGCGCUGACUGCCGUCGUGUUUGACGCGUUGUCGCUGCUGCCUCUCGCCGAGCAGCCGUCCCUCCCAUCAGCGCUCGUCGCAUCCAUCGUGACCCUCUUUGUCGACCAGCUCAACGUGGCAGACACGCAGGUAUCCCGCGUGUUCCCGGAAGCGACAUACGCUAUGCUGCAGGUAUUGUAUGCAGUGAGCAAGAGCAAUGCAUAUUUCGUCCGGUACGGGCGUGAUCUGCCAUUGCUGCGGCGCGCCGUUGCAUGCGCCUGUGCCUGUCUUGAAGCGGCACACUUGUCGCCAGAGCACCACCUCGUCUGCCUCUUCUGGCUGUCUAAGCUCUGCAUUCAAGUGCGUGCUUGCCAGCAGCAGCAGCCACAACUGCAGCAACAACAACAGCAACAACAACUGCAGCAGCAACAACAGCAGCAACAACAACAACAACUGCAGCAGCAACAACAGCAGCAGCAACAACCGCCGCAGCAACAGCAGCAACAGCCACUGCCCUCACCUACAACCAGGACAGAUGCCAGCGCCAAUUCGUUCAGUAGGGACGAUUGUCCGUCGCUGCAUGACUUGCAGACAGCAACGGAGCUGCAACGUCUGUAUCUGCCACUGCGCGCACUGUGUACCAGCGGCGACCACCGCGUUCGUCUUGGGUGCACCACCCUCAUCCACAGCCUCUUCACGAGCGGGCUGCUGCCACUCGACUUUGGCGUGGCGUUUGCGCUGCUGUGCCUGGAUCGCCUUCAUGAUGUGGACGAGAGCGUGCAGGCCAUGGCCCAGCGCGUCGUGUGCGAUCUCCCUGUGGGUGUGGCCGCCGCCCUGAACGAGAGCGUGACGGCUGCCAUGCACCCCGCUGCUCGCCGCACCCUCUCCCUCGCCGUCAUGUCUGCGCCAGGCGGGCACUCGUGGGUUGGGCAGCGUGACAGCUACGCCUCCCUCGUGCGCGAUGUGCUCGCGCGCGCCGGCGUAUCACCGCGCGUUAUCGCCUCGCUGCCACCAGCGCCAACAGCAGCGCCAACAGCAGCAGCGACAUCACGCGCGACUGCUGCAUCUCACAGCGGUGAUAGCGCCACGGCUCACAGACAACAGCCCGCUGCCGGUGCUGGGGCGCAUGCGCGUGUUCGCGGUGAGGUCGGUGGGGGUGAGCGACGUGGUGGCCGCGGCCGCCAGCGUGAUGUGCUCACGCUGGAUGGGCAGCACGACACGCUGAACCGUCUUUUUCGCACGAUUGCCACCAGUCGCCUGCACCCGCACGACCACGACGAGCAGCAGCGCCGGUACCACACGUCCGUCAUCGUCACAGCUGGUGGUGCACUGCCAUCCGAAGCUGCGGCAAGACAACCCGGGGUGACAGCCACGACUCGUGACGCAGGCUUGGAUGAUGCUGCUCAGCGUGUAGGAACACGACAGACCACGGGCUCACAACAACAACAACAAAAACAACAGCAGCAGGAAGAGCAGCAGCGCCAGCAGCAACAACAGCACGGCUUGCGCGCGCACACGUGGCUGUCGACCGCAAGCCUGAGUCAGGAUGUCAUUGAGCAUUGGGCGUUGUUGAGUGUUGCGGUGCAUGUUGUGCAUUCGCAAUUGGCACAGGCGACCGGCCAGCAAGUAAAGUCCAUCUUGGCGCCGUUUGACAACGCGCUGACAGAACUGGCAAAGGCUGCUCUGGAGCAUGAUGCUGUUGUUGCUCGCCGCGCCGCCCUCAAACAACAACAACAACAACAACAACAACAACAACAACAACAACAACAACAACAACAACAACAACAACAACAACAACAACAACAACAGCAACAACAACGACAAGGGCAGCGCAUCUCGCAGCGUCACCGCGCAGUUCAGCAGCUGAUUGCGCUGUUUGAUGCGCUGGAGCGACAGCUUCGCAACGUGCUUGGUGGCUGUACACUCCUGCCGCCCGCUCAGCCCUCAACACGCAUACGCCUCCUCUCCAAGCAGCGUGACCCGCGGCCCUGGCUGAAGCAGCAGCGCGCACGCCUGCUCGUUGCAAGCAGCGCAAUUGGCAACGCGAGUGCCACGGUUGCACACGGCGUUGAGCGCUUGCAACACAUGCUGCAAGACAUUGGGCGCAUGGCAGACGCACCCCACUCCAAGCACGCGCUGCAACUGGAGAUGACGGUGCAGUACCUGGCGACGGCUGCACUGCAGCUGCGACUGCCACAUCUCCUGCAUGGCAUUCGCAUGUGGGUCAAGGCCAUGUCCCCGCCCACACUCGCGCAGGCGUUGGUGUCGCGAUCCUGGAUGCCGUGGCUGCUGCCGUGCGAGCUGGAGGCAGCGGGAAAGGUGGACGAAGCACUGGCAGAGUACGACCGCGUUGUGUUUGCCUGUUGGCUGGCGAUGGCACGGCAGACACAGCUUGACCCCGCCCGCCUUCGUGCAUUCGCGUGCCUGCAGGCACUUGGUCUGCACACCGCCGCCCCUGGCUUGGCCGUUGAAAACGCAGGCCCAAGCACGCUUUCCUACACGAUGCAGCGAAUGCUGUCGUUGGCAGAGGCCAUCGCCGACUGGGAGCGCAUCAACACAUGGCACGAGGCAACCACACUGCUGAUCUCAGACCUGCAAGUUGCCGUUCGACAGCACCAGCAGCACCAGCAACAGAGCAAAACUUUGGCAAACGGGCAGGACGCGGUGGUGCAGGCGGCUUCAGAGGCAGCCAGGCGCGCUGCCGAAGCGAUGAAGGGAUAUGCGCACACCCUCACGCGAACCACGCAUGAUGCAGAGUUUGCACAAGCGCUGUGCGCGUUUGAUGAAGGUCAGCUCGACAAAGCGAAAGCGCUCCUCAACAACAGUAGCAGUGUCGCCGGCCCUUACGGUGGCGACGGUGGUGGCGACGGUGAUGGUGGCGGUGGUGGUGAUGAUCCGUUCAGCGCGAAUGAGCACUGGACGCUGCAGGAGCAGUUGCGCGUGUGUGAGCGGGAGACACUCAGUGCUCUCACGUUACGUGCCAAUGGCGGUGGCAUCGAUGAGAUUGCCAUCACUCGAUUGGAGGAGACACUGUCGUUCAUGCAGCGCCUCUCUGCUCUGGCUUCCCUCGACAACAACGCGGCUGCAGUGGACGCUGCCAUGCUCGGCCAAUGUGUCUCAGCCACGUUGGCUGGGCUUCGAUGCUCUGCUCGCCAGAUACACCAACACCAACACCAGCAGCAGCAGCACCACCAGCAGGGGGACGUGUGUGCGUCUGCGCCAUGCUUCCCACUGCACGCCUUCUCACCACUGAGUCGUCAGCCCACGCGCAGCCCGACCUUUGGCGGGUGGGUGCGGUUACUCCGUGUCGCGUCUCGCUUCUCUUCCACGAUGCCUGACCAGCUCCCUUCGUCGAGCGUUGACGCGCUUCGCAUGCAAGUCGUCCGCCUGGCGCGCAAGACGGGCAACAUGCGGCUGGCAGCGCGUCUGCUCAACCAGGGGCUGGUUACUCCCUCAGCCUCACUGGAUGUGGCGUACGAGAGCUCAAAGGUACUGCAGGCGCAAUGCCUGCAUGUGGACGGCGUGUCACGCUUGUGGGAGGUCAUCUCAAACGGCAUGCAGUGGGUGCACAGCACACGCCGCGCCGACCACCACCACCAGCAGCAGCAGCAGCAGCAGCAUGUACACGAGUUUCAACGCCAACACGAGCAGCCCAGCGAAGACACAUUGUGGAAUCACCCAAUGCUGCGCGUUGCGCAAUUUGGAAAGGGGCCACUGCUGUGUCGAGCGCUGCUGCGCUUCGCACGCAUUGUUGGGUUUGAACCCUCAGCAACGUCCACACCUUCCUCGUUGGCGAUGGCGUCGCAGCGGGCGUAUGAUGACGUGCUGCGCGCCGUGACGCCUGACAUGGCCCAGCAGCUCUUGAGCUGGUCAGAUGAGGCAGCGGGGUGGAACCAGCAUGCAGCCGCCACAGCGCCAUCAACGCGGUCAGCAGUGUCAUCAGCACCAGCAUCAGCCUCGUCAUCGUCAUCGUCAUCGUCAUUGUUGUCUGCUGGCGUGUUUCCGAUUCGCCACGAUGUCACUGCCAUGCUGGACCCAUCAUCUCUGUCCCCACCGUCUUCUCUGUCGUCGUCGUCGUCAUCAUCAUCAGCAUCCCGCCGUGGGCUGACGCUGCUUGCUGGACGUGCGGUCCACCUCGCGCUUCAGCUGCAACCAGGCUUCGCGAAGGCGCGGGCGGUGUUUGCUGGUUGGUGCUACGCGCGCGGUGUUGAGGCGUUGGAGCGUACGGAUCCCUCCGGUGCGUCAGCGCCAGCGACGCCCACGACCACCACGACUGCCCCCGUCACGCUUGACAGCAGCUUGGCGGCACAAGCAGCAUCUUCCACCCAGCACGCCUCACUGGCAGCAUCAGCGGCAGCGGCACGCGCUGGCAAGGAGCAGCAGCAUCGCAUUGCGCUGACGGCCGAGGAGCACGCGAUGGCCGUGUCGCUGCUGCAGCCGCACAUUGACGCGCUGCAGCGGUACGAGCACACCCGCCACAGCGGGUUCGACCCCACACCCGCCGUCCUUGAUGCGCUCAUGAUGGGCCACGUUCGCGACGACUCCAUCAGCGAAGGCGAGGGAGAGGCGACACGGACCAGUGUCCUUGCUUCUGUGCAGGCACGGCUGCUUGAGGCAAUCCACAAGCCGCCGCCGCAGCUUGUGCAGGCGUUGGUGGACCUGUGGCAGCGCAUCCACACGCGCGUCACGCACCUGUACAAGGCGGCCGCAGCGUCCUACUUCCAGUACCUGCAGCUGAAAAUAAGCGGAUCAACGGGAGUGCUGGACGCGACAAGCGACGCCAAUAUGGACGACGUCACGCUCACAGCGACGCUGCGCCUCCUGCGUCUCCUUUCCCGCUUUUGGGUGGACCUGCAGCCCGUGCUCGCGCACGGCUUUGCGCAGACGCCGGUCCAGCCGUGGCAGGCGGUUGUGCCCCAGCUGUUUUCGCGCCUUGGCUCACCAUCACGCUUUGUUCGGCAAACACUGACAUCGCUGCUGUGUCGCAUCGGGCGGACUGCCCCGCACCUCGUGCUGUACGCGGCUGUCGUGGACGCCGCGCCGCAGCAGAGCGAUGGAAAGGCGGAGGCGGAGACGGAGGCAACAGCCACCGCCGCCAACACCCGCACCACCGGUACUGCUGGUGAUAACAGUGACACCAGCAAGGGCGAGAGCGGUGACCACAGCCAGGCCGGUGCAGGGGUGGGUGUGGACGAGGACGCCAACCCACAUGCGGUCAUUCGGCGGUCGCUGCUGGAGCACAGCGGGGACGUUGUGCGUGAGUUGGAGGGCGUCAUCGCAGAGUUGCAGCGCAUCACGGUGCUUUGGGAAGAGCGGUGGUGGCAGCUGCUGCACCACCAGCAAGGCAGGGUGAGCCGUUGCAUGCAGUCGCUCUCCAGCAUGCACGAGCGUCUCAUGGCGAACAGUGAUCUGGAGGCGAAGAAGAAGGACAGGCUGCUGGUGGACAACCACCGCCUGACGCUGCUGCCUGUGGUGUCUGCAAUGCAGAAGCUGUAUGAUGAGACGAUUGCACGCGGGCCGGAAACGCAGCACGAGCGCGAGUUUGUGAAGCGGUUUCGCGGCAUCAUUGAGCUCACCAUGAGCCAGCUUGACACGCCGGUGCUCUCCCGUGAUACGUACACGGCAGCCAAGGCAUGCGCACCCUUCCACACGUUGGCUGAGGAGAUGAAGCGAGCCGUGCUUUCACGCACAACGCUCAAGCUGCAGGACAUUUCGCCCUUGCUUGCAGGCAAGACAGGCACGGGUAUUGCCCUCCCGGGACUCUUGCAAUCGUACAACCAGGCCGACGUCGCCCGCAUCGACAGGUUCCAGGCGAAGGUGACGGUUCUGCCGACGAAGACAAGGCCGAAAAAGAUCCGCAUUCAGGGCUCGGAUGGGCGCACGUACACGUAUCUGUUCAAGGGCCUCGAAGACCUGCACCUUGACGAGCGCAUUAUGCAAUUUCUCGACGUUGUCAACAUCAUCUUCCGCAACAACGCCCCCAAGGCCACGACAACAGCGGCGCGUCUGCACUGCCGCAACUACCACGUGACGCCGCUCGGCCCGCGGUCUGGCCUGAUCCAGUGGGUGACGGGCGCCCGCCCUGUGCUGGACCUGUACAAGCAGUGGCAGCAGCGGUCGUACACCCUUGCCCGCGCACACUACGAGCAGCAGUUACGUGCACGACGACAACAACAACAACAACAGCAGCAGCAGCCGCGCGGCCGGCAGCAGCAACAGCAGCGAGAGCAACAUGACACAGCACCGCUGCCUGCACCUCCGAAUCCGCCACAGUCGGCGACGUCUCUGUUCUUUGCGCGACUCACACCGCUGUUGCGCAAGUGCGGUGUUGGCGAAGCAGACCUGUCCCGCCGGUCGCAGUGGCCGAUUGACGCCCUCCGACAUGCACACAUGCAGCUCGUCCGCGAGACGCCAGCCGACCUCAUCUCAAGCGAGUUGCUUCUGGCAUCAAGCAACAGCGCGGAGUGGCUGAACAUGACGCAGCAGUACAUUGUCAGCCUUGCCGUCAUGUCCAUGGUCGGAUACAUUAUUGGUCUCGGCGAUCGCCAUCUCGACAACAUCUUGCUCGAUGAAGUGACUGGAGAAAUCAUCCACAUUGACUACAACAUUUGCUUCGAUAAAGGUCUCAAGCUGCGCGUGCCGGAGAAAGUUCCCUUUCGCCUUACGCAGAAUUUCCUGCACGCACUUGGCCCAGGCGGUGUCAGCAGCGGCUUCAAGCAAACAUGCGAGCACGUGCUGUCGCUGCUUCACGGCCACCGCGAAAUCCUUCUCACACUCCUGGAGGCGUUUGUGUACGAUCCCCUCGUCGACUGGACAAAGGACAUUGAAGGAGCUGCAGAACAGAAGGCCAUGGAGCGCAACAUCGGGCACAAUCUCCUGGCUGCACGCGUGGCGGAGUUGCGUACACGCAUUCUCACCAGCCGCCGCCAGCUUGCAAAAGCACUGCACGACUUUGAGUCUGUGUUUGCACACGCGGCCGUCGUCUUCUCUUCGUUGCACAGCGCUAUCGACACGGCCACACAGCUGAUGGAAGAGCAAGCAGCGCUGCGGUCUCUCGCUCAGCAGCCCGAUGCACACGACAUUCUCCACUCCCUGGUGGCCGUCUACCAGCGAGAGCAAGACGGUGUCACUCAGGUUCAUGCGAGCGCAUCGAAGCUGCGCAAGUGGUUGGCGUCGUGCCAGCGAUGGCACAAGCAGCAUGAGGCCGCGUUUGAGACAAUACAGUCACAGAAACUUGCCGAGGCGUUUGCGGUGCUGCUUGAUCCGGCCGCUGCCACGGCCGCCGUGAGUGCAGCCGCCACACGACCAAACAAACAGGCACUGCAAUAUCUCGAGGCAUACGGAAAGCACGAGCUUGCGCAUGAGUUUGAAGCGGCCAGUGCUCGCCUGCGGGAAGCCCAAGAGCGGCGCCACCAGCUGCUUACAACAUGUGCUCGCGCCCUCAGCCGCUAUCUCGAUAUUGCCCGCUCCUCCUCUCCAAACCUCGUCCAGCGCAGCAUGCACUACCACUGGAUCCGGCUGCUGCAGCGCGUGCUCGAGGCUGGCGGUGAUCAGAGCACAUGUGCGGCUGUGAUGGAGGAGGCAGAUGCCCUCAAUAGACCAACGCCACAGGCGCAGGCAAUUGCUCAGGCUGAGCACGGCCUGGCUGAUGCCGCACGUGCUUUGGAGGCGACGGAAUCCCAGCUGAUUUCGCACGCAGCAGAUCCGCUCGGCCAGCUCUCGAAGAAGCUGCACGACAGGCUCAACGUGUUUGGGAAUGUUGUGCGGACGGACAAGUUGGGCAAAACGACGCUCGAGUGCGCAGUCUUGCGAAUCAUGACGCAAUAUCUGCAAGACAUUCAAGAGGGGGAUGCAUUUAGCGCACUUUCCAUCAUGGGUGAUGACGCGCCGGAUGCGGAGCAAAGUGGUGGCUCGGUCCUGUCCUCCAUGGCACUGCUUCUGCACACAAUUGCAGCGCGUCGGCCCACCGCAUCACCUGCCCCCCGUGGCGACGACAAGCAUGGCCAUGCCAGUGGUGCCAACGACGGCGACGGCGAAAAGGAUGAUGCUGGAUUCACCUGUGCUGACUCAGGCGCAAGCGGUCCGCUUGCCUAUUCCUUCUCAGUUGCUGAAGAGGCUGCAUUGCUGCAAGGCGCCUCAGCAACAGCAGCAACUGGCAGCUGUGCCGAUGACGCUGUGGCCGUGCAGUGCACACCACUUGUGCGGAUGUUUGCGGUGCUGGCUGCGCUGCACGGUGCUCGCCGUCGCGCCCGCCAGGCGGUGGCGUCGCUGCUGGCGAUUGUGCAGAGCGACAAGGACAGCUUCGUUCGGCGGGAACUGGGGGGUCUGCUGCUGCACAUCGGCGACCUGACCGUGGUUGGUCGUAUGCUGCAGCGCGCCAUGACGCAGCACCAGCAUCAUCGCAAGCGUGGUGGCGGUGGUAAGACAGCAGAGGAUGACUGCACCACAAGCGUCAGGGAAGCGAACAGCCACCUUCAGCUCAUCCUCACACGCGUGCAAGAGACACUGAGUGGCUUCAGCGGCGAAGAUGCGACAACAGACAGCACAUCAGCCGCAGGUGAAGGCAGCAAGGAUGAGCAGCAGCAGCGACAGCAGCAGCAACAGCAGAAGCAACAACCGCCCCAGCAGCAAGCGGAGCCGCUUGCAAGGUGCAAGCGUGUGCUGCGUGAUGUCAUGGCGUGUGCCGACGGUGUCGUGACUGCACUGCUCAAGUUGCAGCAGAGCGUGGAUGUCAACGACAAGAAGUGGCCGUUUGCAUGGGCCAGCGUUGUGCCUCACAUCGGCGCAAGCCGCAGCGUAACAGCGGGCGAGCAAGCCCGCUUGCUCACGUCGACAGCCGGCGUGUGGAUGCAGCUCUCCUUGCUACAGCAGGUGGUGCAAGCGUGCCACACGCUGUGCUCCAGCUUCUGGGAACCAGACCAUGCUGUGCGUGAUUCGACAGUGGGCAGGCAGGGCGGUAGAAGUGCACACAUGAGCAGCACAACUGCCAGCGGGGCCAUUCGCGCGUUGGACUGCGCUGUGGACGAGUGCGUGUGUGUGCCCGUGGAGCGGAUGUUUCUUCCACCGCGUGCCAUCACGUCGUUUGUAGAGGCGUUUAUGUGCGGGCGGCUGUGUGCUGUGGGCUUUGAUGGGCACCAGCACGCGUCGAAGCGGUGGAUCUCGGGUGCUCCUGCUCCCGCCCUGCACGAGCUGGUGCAUGAAGGGGUGCAGCAGUGCGUGGGCAACGGCACGGCGCGCACGGAUCGCAUCGACGAAUACGAGCGCGAUGUCACCGCGCUGGUGCACAAGAACGCGCGCGUCCUGCAAUGUGCGCGCACGCACGCUCGCCUGGAUGUUUGCCGCAAGCAGCUGCAGGCGGUGCGCGAAACAUUGCACGCGUUCCGCUGGUUGUAUGCGGCUGAGCUGGAAACCACCACUGAAGCGACAACAGCAGCAACAGCAACGGCAGCACAGGGUGGUAGCGUGACGGUAUUGCGUGGUCCGCACCGCGAUGGCGGCGGUGGCGGCGGUGUGUUGAUGCUGCGGCGGGCGGUACAGGAGUUGAUGGAUCUGGCAAGCAGCGUGAUCAAGACCAACGAGGCGGUGGAGGCUGCUGAUGCGGAUAUGCAGCAGCGGGAGAAGGCGGCGCGCGACUACCUGGCGUGGGGCGCAGGCAACAGCGAGGACACGACUGCACUGCUGCACACGUACAAUACGGAGGUGCACGGGCGAAGGGAGGCGGCACGCAAGCUGGCGGGCCACGCGGCGCUGCUGGGCGGCGUUGCCAACGCGCUGUCGCACUUUGAGAUGUACCGCUUGCGCACGCAGUGGCGGGAGGAGCUGCACACCACGUGCAUGCGGCUUGUGGGCGCGUACAGUACGGCCGUUGCCAGCAGGAAGCGCGCGCAACACGACGCCGCUCAGCUUGAGGCACGGCUGCCGCCUGGCCUGAAGGCGUUUGCGCCGAACGGGCACGUGACGGAGGAGUGGCAACAGCGCCGCGUGCGCGAGCUGCCAGACCUGCUGCGUAGCGCCCAGCGGGAGCUGAUGCAAGCUGCAGGGGACGUAGCUCCACAGCAGCAGGCGCUGUCGGGUGCUCUGGCCCGAGCCAAGGGCGGCGUGGGGGAGCUGAGAGCUGUGCUGUCGUCUGUUGGCCCACUGCUUCGCCAGGUGUCGCGGGCUGGGGACUCGGCCGCCCAGCACCUGCUAACGUCUGCGGACGCGUGGCAGGCGGAGAUGGACGAGGUGCUGCAGGCUGCAGCGGCGCUGGCCACUGUCAGCAUCGCGCCUGUUGUUGACGGGGUCGUGGGCGAGGCAGGAGGGCAUGCGCCCGUGGCGAGCGCUGGCGGCAAGGAGCGGCAGCUGCCACAGCUGUUGCUGCUGCAAUUGGAGCGCAUCAGGAAGGAGGAAGGACCAGCAAGGGACAUGGGGAAGGGUGGCAGCAAGGCCAGGGCAAAGACGCGGCUGGAGCAGCGGCACACCAGUGACAUCGAUGACGAAGACAAGGGCGACAGCCCGCUGGUUGUUCGGCUGCUGUUUGACGAGACGCAUGCGCGCAUCGGCAACAAAGUUGUGGCGGCCGCCCACUUGCAUGAUCGCAUCCUUGAGCUGCAAACGGCGGCUGGGGGUGAAGGCGGCUCCAGCGAGCAGACGCCCGACGUUGGUGGUGCUGGUGGUGCUGGUGAUGGUGGUGAUGGUGGUGAAGGUGGUGGUCAUGGGUAUGGGGAUGGUGAUGGUGAUGGUGCUGGUGAUAGUGGUCGUGCUGUUCAUUCGGCGUCGGCGUCUCAGACCCAAGCAGGAGCGCCACCACAGCAGGGGCAAAUCGACCGGGAAGUAGCGCUGCAGUUGCCGCAGCAAGCGAGAGGGCGGACCGGCGCGUCUUCGGUGUCCCUGCUGUUUGAGCGAAACGCCAUGCCCACGCGCACGCGCACGCCAAGCACUGGACGGCGCAGCCGAAGUAGUAGCGUGGGCCGCCCUCGCUCGGCCAGCGGCACACAGGAGCGGGAAGGCAAUGACGAGAUGGCGGGGGAUCAGCGCCAGCCCCACCAGCAGCAACAACAACAGCAGCAACAGCCACACCGAAAACAGCACCACCACCAGCAGCAACAGCAGCAACGCAAGCGGAAGAAGAACACGUAUGCGGUGCAAGUGUGGCAGAAGGUGAAGGAAAAGCUGGAGCACAAGGAUGGCGCGGAGGCUGGGUGUGUGCUCACGGCUGCUGAGCAUGUGUCGCUAUUGUUGAAGGCUGCUACGGCCAAGGACAACCUCGCCACCAUCUUUGAGGGCUGGACGUCCUGGAUAUAGCUUCUGUUGUGUGUGAAUGUGCGUGUGUGUGAAUGCGUGUACGUGUGUGUGCGUGUGUGAAUGCGUGCGUGU